UGGGUUCUCGCCGCCAGGGAGGCCAAAUUCGUCGGUACAAGGAUACUCUGAAGUCCUCCCUGAAGCGUCUGCAAAUUAACCUAACCAACUGGGAUGACCUCGCUCACGACCCAGUGACCUGGUGGAGAACAGUGAAGACAGGCGCCGCGAUAUAUGAAGCCAACCGCAUCGCCGCCGCCAAAGCGAAACGCGAGGCAGGCAAAUCACAGUUACGCCCAGUACGCAACGCCGACGCACAACCGCUUCCAACUUGUCCUCGGUGCCAACGCAUAUUCCGGGAACAAAUUGGACUUAUUAGACACCUUCGGAUCAACUGCACCUCUCGGACCGCACCAACCGUCGUCCCUCCGCCCGCAUCUUCCUCGUCAUCUCCGCUGCAAAUUAACUCUGACUGCUCUUCUGAACCACCACUUCCAUCCCCGUCCUCCUCCUCCUCCUCCUCCUCCUCCUCCUCCUCCUCCUUCUCCGCUAUCCCAACGACGGCUGCUCUGGCAACUGUCACGCACGAAAACAUUGCUCACAUCCCCGACACAACAACAGAUAUCACCACAACGACCUCCGACUCCGGAGGUGAGGACCAGGUCUACAACUGCUGUCAUUGCGACCGCACCUCCACCUCACACAUCGGCCUGGUCGGUCACUUGCGAAUCCAUCACACAGAGACUGGCGAAUUCGUACCCGGAACAUCAACCUACACUUAUUGCAUUCGCCUCCACUGUCCCGCACUGUCCUCGCACUUGCUCGCAUAG